AUGGCAGUCUCGUCGGCUCCGAAUACAGCUACUACAAUUGACAGCUCGAUUAAACCUGCAAUAACUACUGCUGAACAAGAGGGUAGAAGGCGCGAAAUCUUCAUGUAUUUAGCUGAUAGAAUAAAAUCAAAGAAAUUAAAAGAAUUUGGUCGAAAAUUGAAAUUAAAUCCUAAUGAUGUUGAUGACAUAACCGAUACGAACGAUGUCAGAUUUGACAAGUGUAUUCAUCUGUUGGAAACAUGGUAUACUACAUUUGCUUCAGAAGCGACAUUUGAUGUAUUACUAUCAGUUUUGAAAAGUUGCAAAGAGACAUUAAUAGCCGAUGAAUUAAAAAAAAAUUAA